AUGCUGAAACGACGUGUCGCUGUUGUUGUUGUUUCAUUCCCAGCAACACACAUGACUGAAAGUCGCGUGCGAAUAUGCUUGAGUGCUGCUCAUACAAAGCAAAUGCUCGACCAUGUUCUCCGUGCAGUCAGUGAGGUCGCCGUUCUCAGUAAUGUUUUAUCUCCAGCAACAAAACGGAAAUAUGAAAAUUUGGAGGUUGAAUGGUAG